GUCAGGCAGGCACCAGAUGACUGUGCAGACUUCUUCAUCUGGAGGAAUGAUAAUGAGCCCCAAGCCUUAUUUUUUGUCCGGCGUUUCUAUUCACGGACCAACAGCUUUGUGCAAAUUAAGCCAGUGAAGGAGAAGCUCAGUUGUGGCCAGAAGAGAAUGAUCAAUGUUCACUAUGUCCUGAACAGAGAGGGGUACAUGAAUGCAAGGGACACAAACUUCUACUACAUGGUGAUGACAAACGGAAAAAUUGUUCUCAGUGGCCAGAAGCAAGUCAGCAUCUCUGGUGCUGCCAGAGGUACAUUCUCCAUCACACUAACUGUCACUGAGAAGCUUGCCCCCAGUGCCAGGCUGUUGCUCUACACGGUGCAUCCUCGUGGGGAGAUAGUGGCUGACAGCUCUUGGAUACGCAGUGACGUAUGCUUCAAAAACAAGCUCCAGCUCGAGUUCUCUGAGAAGCAGGGUCUCCCCGGCUCUAAAGUCAGUCUCCACCUUGAAGCUGCUGCCAACUCGUACUGUGCCCUGAGAGCUGUAGAUCAGAGUGUCCUUCUUCUUCAGCCUGAGCGAGAGUUAUCUGCUGAAAGCGUAUACUACCAACUUCGUGUGAGUGAUUUAUAUGGCUAUUACUACAAUGGGCUCAACCUGGAAGAUGACAAGCCAGAGGAGUGUACCCCAGUCAAAACCACCUUUUUGGAUGGCUUGUACUAUGAACCUGUGAAUGUCAGUCGUGAUGGUGAUGUCUAUAGGAUUUUCAAGGGUAUGGGCCUGAAGGUUUUCACCAACUCUGUGCUACGGAAGCCAGUUCUGUGCAAUGAAGACAAAUCAGAUAUGGAAGAUUACCCUGCCAAUUUUGACCAUGACCGUGGCUAUGGCACAGAUGAGUCAAGGACGAGUAUUAACACUGUUCGGAAAUUCUUCCCUGAGACCUGGAUUUGGGAUCUGGUUCAUACUGAUUCCAGGGGAGAGGUCAGUGUCUUUUACACCAUUCCUGACACCAUCACAGAAUGGAAAGCCAGCGCUUUCUGCGUGCAAGAUGAUGCUGGGUUUGGCAUCUCCUCACCUGUUUCACUGACAGCAUUCCAACCAUUCUUUGUGGAUCUCACCUUGCCAUACUCUGUCAUUCGAGGGGAAAAAUUUAAUUUAAUAGCCAACGUUUUCAACUACCUCAACAAAUGCAUCGAGAUCAGUGCCAUACUGGCAAAGUCAAGUGACUACAAGGCAGAAGUCCUUUCACCAGAGGGCAACACAGCAAGGGUGUGUGCCAAUGAAAGAAAAACCUAUAUUUGGGCUGUUAGCCCCCACAAACUCGGUGAGGUGAAAUUCACUAUUACUGCUGAGGCCAAACUGAAUACCAGAGGUACAGGAAACAGUACAUCCCCAGAAGAGGAGACAACUCGCAAGGACACCCUGAUUCAAACCCUACUUGUUGAGCCUGAAGGUAUUAAAAAGGAAUUGACUCAGAGCUCCCUUGUCUGUACGAAAGGCAUAAAGAUUUCUGAACCAGUGUCUCUCAGCCUGCCAAGAAACCUAGUGCCUGGAUCAGCCAGAGCUUAUUUUUCUGUCAUUGGAGACAUUUUGGGUACAGCCCUGAGGAACAUGGAGAACCUCCUCCAUAUGCCUUAUGGAUGUGGAGAACAGAACAUGGCCUUGUUCACACCCAACAUCUAUGCCCUGGAUUAUCUGAAUAAGACUGGGCAGCUGACUGAAGAGAUUAGAGUCAAGGGUACUGGAUAUUUAUCCACAGGGUAUCAAAAACAGCUAUCAUACAAACACCGGGAUGGAUCCUACAGCUCCUUUGGGCCACGAGAUAGGGAAGGGAGUGUAUGGCUCACUGCCUUUGUGUACAAGUCAUUUGCACAAGCCAGACGCUACAUCUACAUUGACGACAAUGUCCAGUCUCAAGCUUUGAUCUGGCUGGCAAGCAAGCAGAAGUCAGAUGGCUGCUUUGAAAAUGUUGGGUCACAUUUCAACAAUGCUCUGAAGGAUGGAGAAGAAGGUGAAUACUCACUCACAGCCUAUGUUGUGGCAGCACUGCUGGAGGCUGGACACUCUGCUGCGCAUCCUGUCAUUCAGAGUGGCAUGAACUGUUUGGAGACUGCAUUUGGCAAUGGGGUCCACAACCUGUAUAACCAGGCCCUCUUUGCCUAUGUUUAUGGCUUAGCUGACAAUCAGAAAAGACGCCAAUUCUUCCUUGAGAAGCUGGACAAGACAGCUACCAGAGAUGGUGGUUUAGUUCAUUGGCAGAGAGAAAAUAAGCCACCAGCAGAACAUUUCCCUGCCUUCUACUCCCGUGCCGCUUCCGCUGAGAUUGAAAUGACCAGCUAUGUGCUCCUGGCUUUGCUCAACAAAGCCAAACUCACUCCAGAAGACUUAUCUUACAUUUCUCGCAUUGUGCGCUGGCUUGUCAAACAACAGAACCCAUAUGGCGGUUUCUCCUCCAGCCAGGACACUGUUGUUGCUCUCCAAGCUUUAGCCCAGUAUGGAUACCUCACCUUCUCUAAAAAAAAUCUUAACACAGUCAAAGUCAACUUCAUGGAGUCCCCCAGUAAGACUUUCCAGGUGGAUGACAAGAACCGAUUCUUACUGCAGCAGGCUUCCUUACCCACUGUUCCAGGGAAUUACAGUGUGGAAGUGAAUGGCACUGGCUGUGUCUAUCUGCAGACCACCCUGAGGUACAACAUCUAUUUGCCGAAAAAAGUUGCAGGAUUUUCUCUCUCUGUACAGCCAGUCAAUGCAUCCUGCACAAGCAACUUCCCACCAAACUUUGACCUUGUCAUCUCCACCAGUUACACAGGCAACCGCAACGUCUCCAACAUGGCUAUUAUUGAUGUGAAGAUGCUCUCAGGUUUUGUUCCCAUAAGAUCUUCCUUGACAAAGCUUCAGUACCAGAAUUCUGUUGUGGAUCACAUAGACAUCAAGAACAACCACAUCUUUUUCUACCUUCAGAAGGUCUCCCGGAAGGAAAUCAGCUUCUCCUUCAGUGUGGAGCAAAGCCUGCCUAUCUCAGAUAUCAAACCAGUGCCAGUACAUAUGUAUGAUUACUACGAAACAGAUGAAUAUGCCCUUGCAGAAUACAAAACACCCUGCUCCCCGCCUUCCAACUGA